UUUUUCCUUUUCUUAUCAAAUUAAAUAAAUGGCUAUUAUUAACGAAGUUAAUGAGGAUAAGCCUCGUAAAGAAGUUGUUGUUUCCAUGCAACCUCAAAGUGACGGAGAAGAGUCGGAUGUAGAAGAAAAUGUCGAGGAGAGUAACGAAGAAGGUCUCUUAGAUGACUAUCCCAUUGACUCGGAGGAAAUUGAUGUUAUUCACAUGCGUGUCAGUAAUAUUCCUAAUCUCGGGCUAGAACGAUUCAAGCAAGUGCAGAGUCUUUGCUUCCGUCAAAACUUUAUUAUUGAUAUUGAAGGCCUUGAUGGUUUAGCCCCCACCUUGAAAGAGCUUGAUUUUUACGACAACAAAAUUUCACAUAUGCGUGGAUUAAACAAUCUAGUCAAUUUGGAGUCACUUGAUCUCUCUUUCAACAAGAUUAAACAUAUCAAAAAUAUCGAUCAACUUACACACCUUGAAAACCUUUAUUUUGUCAGCAACAAGAUUUCCAAGAUUGAAAACUUAAAUACACUUGUCAAUAUUACGAAUCUUGAAUUAGGAGCGAACCGUAUCCGUGUGAUUGAGAAUUUGGAUAGCUUGGUAAAUUUAACGCAGUUAUGGCUUGGUAAGAACAAGAUUACCAAAUUGGAGAACCUCGGAGGACUCAAGAAUUUAAAAUCGCUCAGUAUUCAAAGUAAUCGAUUAACAAAGAUCGAAGGAUUAGAGGAAUUGCAUAACUUGGAAGAGAUUUAUAUGAGUCACAAUGCGAUUGAGAAGAUUGAAGGAUUCGAACAUAAUCUCAAGCUGAACACGAUUGAUAUUGCCAAUAAUUUGAUCACCCGUAUCGAGAACUUGUCACAUUUACCUAAAUUGGAAGAAUUUUGGGCAAAUAAUAACCAGUUUGAUAACGAUUGUUAUGAUCAAAUUGAAAAGGAAUUGGGAACUAUUAAGACUUUAGAAACAGUUUAUUUGGAGGGCAAUCCUAUGCAUCUCAAGAACAGAGCUACUUAUCGUAACAAGAUAAAGCUUUCUUUACCCAACAUUAAGCAGAUCGAUGCAACACCUGUAAAAUAAAUUUCACCCCUUCUCCAAAAUUUUAGUGGCUUAUUUAAAGCUAUUUGGGCUCUCUUUUUUUUUUUUUUUGGGCUUUUUUUUCCCUCUCUUUCUUGUGC